AUGAAACUUACAAAAUCAAAAAUAUCUUCUGUGUUCAAGAAGGCGUUUAAACAUCAUAAAAAGAAACCGAAAGUGACUGGAUUACAAUAUGAUGCAUCACAGCCACUUAGACAGAACACACCUAACUCCGAGAGUGACAAAAUAUACAACCAGGAUCUUGCACUAUUUGUGAAUCGAGUCAAUACAAUAUUCACGCUUUCAUACAACAAGAGACUCAAAGGAGAGAAUGGCCUAGAAAUACUCUACGAAAUGAGGAGACUCUGUUCGGGUAGAAGUGAUGGGGAAAUAUUAGAGGUAUUGAACGAGGUUCAUUUUAACAGAUAUUUUACAUUUAAAGAGGAAAAGAGAGCAUUCAAAGAAAUAAACAGCGAUGAGAAUGAAGAAAAGAUGCUGAUUUACAGAGAAAUGGAAGAAAUCGAAACAGAAGAGAAGAGCAGUGAGGACUCAUCACUAAAAUCACCUGAGACAUUCACAGCAAAAAGUUGCAGUCAAACACUGGAGUUGCUGGAAAAAUUCACCAAGAAAGCAUCAGAUGAAUUCAAUGAUGAAAACGCGUUUAAUAUAGAUCAACUGAAUGACUUAAUUGAUAAAUCAAAUGAAAUCAGACAGAAUAGACCAGUAACAACUAAAAAAGAAUUAGCAGAUACCAAUAUAACACAAACAGUUGUAAAAAUACCAUCAACAGAGGCAGAUGUAGAUAUUAAAAUCAGCCCAUCUGAUCAGGAACCAGAACCAAUAUCAGAAGAUAGCACAAGCACAAAUAUAGAUGAAGAGACUGAAUCAGAGAAUAACAAGGUGGAGCCCGCUGCUUCGAACUGUGAUGUGACAUAUCAGAAUAUUGAGAGCAAUAAAAAUGGGAGUAUUAAAAGCACAGAAGCACAACAUGUGGUCAAAGCAGUAAGAAGGCGAUCUUUCUUCAUCCAAAUCAUAUUGGCAUUUGUAUAUUUCAUAAAGAGCAUUCUGAGCUGUGCAUGUAUUUGCAAGCCAAAACGAAUGAACUUUGAAAAGAAUGAGACAAGCAGAAUCAAUACCAUCAGGGCACUGGAAUGCAUGGCCAAACAAAUAGAACAGUGCAAUUUCAAAAUAUCAAAGUCAAUUAUCAGUAAGAAACUACAAGAGGCAUUUUAUAUCAGAGAAAUCAAACAAUUCAGGUUCUAUCAAAUCGAGAUACUUUUUGCUACAGCAAUGAAAAUAGUGAAAGAAGAUGAAUAUUUUGAUAGAGAGAUGCUAUUUGAUAUUAAUACCACUGCACUAAUUGAUACAAAUGAAGCCAAACAGCUUGUAGAGGAAACCAAAAAUGGUAAAAUACUUAUAGAACUAGCCAAAAUAGUUGAUGGAGCCCAAAACAAUAAUUCAAUAUCAUUAAGAGAAUUCAAAUUCAUUAGAGAUAGAAUACAGCAAUCAAUAUUCAAAGAGGUUGCUGGAAAUGAUAUCAGGUGUGAUCACGCAUUGGAUGAAAUUGUCUAUUGUAUCAAACUGGGCUAA